AACAUGCGUAGGUGGUGCUUGUAUUCGAGGGGAGGAGAAGGGAAGACAGACUCGGCAUAACGCAUGCGCGGUUGGGGUAUGUGCGCGCAUGCGCCUUGUGUUACGGUUUCGGCCACGCCGCGGCAGACUUUAGAAGCAGGCGAGUCCUCCCUUAGUUUAGUAGCCGUUAGUCCGACUCUAGUUAUUCUAAGUUCUUUACUUAGGUGACCGAGGGGGCCUUGCUGCGUAGCCCAUAUUCUUCGGGUUGCUAUCGACGGCCGAGGCCUGCUGUUUCUGAGACGGAGGUUGUGUAAGGGCUGGGCCGAGCGGAAGCGCAAAUACUCAGUCGGCGCCAUUUCAUAAGGGAACCAGUCGCCGCCGCCCGGCCUACUGUGUUUGUAGAGGCGAAGUGAUUCUUAAAACCGCCCACGCUGGACGAGGGUUUGCAUUUGCUGCCAUGUGUACGUGGGGACUAUACGUAAAAGCAACAGAAGGCGAAACUGAGACUACUCUCACUUCCAGCAUGAUGUUGAACACCGAAGGCGGUGAGGGUUAUGUCGUGAAAGUUCGCGGAUUACCCUGGUCCUGCUCUGCGGAUGAAGUGCAGAGGUUUUUUUCUGAAUGCAAAAUACUAAAUGGAUCUUCAGGGGUCCGUUUUAUCUACACAAGGGAAGGAAGACCAAGUGGAGAAGCAUUUGUUGAACUGGAAACUGAAGAAGAUGUGAAGCUGGCAUUGAAAAAAGACAGAGAAACAAUGGGACACAGAUAUGUUGAAGUCUUCAAGUCAAACAACGUUGAAAUGGAUUGGGUUCUGAAGCAUACUGGUCCUAACAGCCCUGAUACUGCUAAUGAUGGUUUUGUACGUCUUAGAGGACUUCCAUUUGGUUGUAGCAAGGAAGAAAUUGUUCAGUUUUUCUCAGGGUUGGAAAUCGUGCCAAAUGGGAUAACAUUGCCGGUGGACUUCCAGGGGAGGAGUACGGGGGAGGCCUUCGUGCAGUUUGCUUCACAGGAAAUAGCUGAAAAGGCUCUAAAGAAACACAAGGAAAGAAUAGGGCACAGGUACAUUGAAAUCUUCAAGAGUAGCAGAGCAGAAGUGCGUACUCAUUAUGAUCCACCUCGCAAGCUAAUGGCCAUGCAGCGGCCAGGUCCAUAUGACCGGCCAGGUGUGGGAAGAGGCUACAAUAGCCUUGGUAGAGGAAGCGGUUUUGAAAGAAUGAGACGUGGUGCUUAUGGUGGAGGCUAUGGUGGCUAUGAUGAUUACAAUGGAUAUAAUGAUGGCUAUGGCUUUGGAUCUGAUCGAUUUGGAAGAGAAUGGGCUGUUCUUUCCACAGGAAUGUCAGAUCACAGAUACGGCGAUGGAUCCUCUACUUUCCAAAGCACAACUGGUCACUGUGUGCACAUGAGAGGAUUACCUUACAGAGCUACAGAGAAUGACAUUUUCAAUUUCUUCUCGCCUCUUAAUCCUGUAAGAGUGCAUAUUGAAAUUGGACCUGAUGGCCGAGUAACAGGAGAGGCAGAUGUUGAGUUUGCUACUCAUGAGGAUGCUGUUGCUGCAAUGUCCAAAGACAAAGCAAAUAUGCAACACCGAUACGUAGAACUCUUCUUGAAUUCUACAGCUGGAGGAAGUGGUGGUGCAUAUGGCAGUCAAAUGAUGGGAGCAAUGGUCAAGGAAACCGAAGGGGUAGUUCAAGAUUGGAACACUAACACAUUGGCAGGAAGCCAAUCCAGUUAUGGUGGUCCAGCUAACCAACCGUUGAGUGGUGGUUAUGGAGGAGGCUAUGGUGGUCAAAGCAGCAUGAGCGGAUAUGGUAACCAGAGUGCAAUGAACAGCAGCUACUACAGUAGUGGCAAUCGCGCAUCCAUGGGAGUAAAUGGCAUGGCUGGAAUGUCUAACAUGUCCAACAUGAGUGGGGGCUGGGGAAUGUAACUGGUCUUCUAAUUUUUGGUCAACUUUUUUAAGAAAACAAAACAAACUUAAGUUUAACAGUUUUGCAAUACAAGCUUGUGAUUUAUGCUUUACUUGUAAGUGAAAUCAGGAUCAUUUUAAAACAUUCAGAUUCAGUAUUUUGGAAUAUGCUGAAACGCUCAUCUAGGGUAUAAGUCAAGUAAAGAAGUUCCUGUUAAACAAUUUUCAGCUUUUUUCCAGUUUUUGUUGUAGGAGUGUAUUUGAGCAGUAAGCGUACUUAGGUUAAAGCUGUUUCAAUUAUGUUAAAUGUUGCUCUUAUACUAUAUAUAACACCAAACACUUUUCAGUGCAUGUUUGGGAACAUGCUUUUUUUGUACAAACAAGAUAUAGGAGCUGUGUUGGAACCUCAGAAGUGGACAUUUGGCAUGUUAGUUCUAGUUUUUCUUUUUAAUAUCUUGUAAGGCACAUUUAAGCUUUUUAAGUUAAUGGAGAAAUGUGAGACGCAAUACGGCUACCUUUAGGAUUUUGGUCUUGGUGUUCGUAUGAAAUCUGAGGCCUUGAUUUAAUCUUUCAUUGUAUUGUGAUUUACUUUUAGGUGUAUUGCGCUAAGUGAAACUUGUUAAAAUAAAACUUCCUUUUAAAAA